AAAAAAAAUGAUAAUGUUUUACUCAUAUGGACAAAAAUGUCCAUGCAUGGUACUCCAAGGGUUAAGAUCACAUAUUUAUAGCCCAUCUUGAACACUGAUAUAUAAAUUCGGCGAUUUUCGGAAAAAAUCGAUUUCUCGUGCUUAUUUUUCGUCUUUCUCAAAAUCAAUUUUUUCAAGUAUACCGUUUGCGUGUUCAAGGAUUUUUUAACAACGGCUAAAUAGAUUUGGUUGUUGGUUGGGUAUGGAUGUGAGUAUGAAUGAUCACUAAACUAUACUAGCAUCCACACCCACACCCUCGUAUCCGUGUUGCGAAAUCCUUGAACGCAUCAAGGGUAAUGAAUUGACUAGAACUUGUGCAUUUCUUUGAGAUUUGGGGAAAACAUUUUAACCAUAGACUAUUCUAGUCAAGACUAACAUUCUCUGAAAUUUUGGUUGAAAUCGGAUGAAAAAUAAUAAAGUUCGUUUCCAAGGAGGGUCCUUAAAUAAAGAUUUUGUUGUUUUUAAAUAUUAGAACAGAAUAAAAUACUCGCAAGAAAAAUAGAGAAACAAGAAGUAGUGCUCUUUAUUCGGCUAAUACAUAGGUUGGUUUUAUUUAACAUAGAGAAGUUUAUAGCAGAGACGUCUACAGCAUACUCUUUUUUGCAUGCUGUCCCGCUCUGCCGUGAUGACAAAAAUAAUGCUGAAACUCGAGAGUGAUAUAAAAGACAUUGAAAAGUAUAUGACUUGAUGCAGAGAAAUAAAAAUGUCUGAAACACGAAACCUAUAAAAAACUAAACAUUAUUAUCCUAAGAAAGAAUCGAUGGCUUGAACAAGAUCAGUUCGAGAGACGUUUGGUGAUUUGUUGAAAGAAAAAUGUAGACCGCAAGUCAUCGGAAUUUCAGGCCACUUCUGUGUCAUAUCUAGUCAAGAACGACAAGAUAUGAAAGUUUCGAGAAACCAUGGUAGCCGUUUCUAAUCAGAAAUAGUGAGAAAAAAAAUAUAUUAUCAGGUAAAUCAUCACAGGUAGAGUAUCCGAUUCCAUUUAACUUACUUUCCGAUCUAUUCAAGAAUAUAAUAAACAAGUUUAAGUAUUUUCUAACUCAUGUUUCAUGUAUUUUCUUUUCUCUCACCUUUAUGUUCACGAGCGUACAUGUGCCAGGUAAAAUUGAGACUUAGACAAUGAAACAUAGCUUUAAAAUAUUUUAAUCUAUGUGGAUGUAUGUGUGUGUCUUAAAGAUGUAGGAGAAUAAAAGAAGAAGAUAUAAGAAGAUAUAAAAUAGGAGAUCAAUAGAAUAAAUGAUAUAGAUAAGUGAAUAAGACUACAAAAGUAAUAGGGAUACGGAGAUUAGAGAGGAAGAGUAAAAGUAUAUUAGGAGUACAACUUCAAGAGUACAAGGGUACAGAGGUAUAAAUGAAUAAAGAAAUAACUCUAUAAACGAAUAAUACAAGAAGAGCAUAAGGUGACAAGGAUAAGACUAUAAAUAUAUAAGAUCAUAUAGUAUAUCUGUAUGUAUAUAAUGCAAAAUGUCUGAUUGUGUGUUACUGGGUGAAGGCUAAAACAAAGAUGUGAAACUUUAAAGGAAAAGAGCAGUUGUACAGUAUUCAUAGGACCUCGCUAUUUAAAAAUAAAAUUUAUAAAUAUGGAAUUAAAUAAAUAUUUUAAAUCUUCUAUUUAGAUUAUUAUUUGGUUAGCGAUUUAUGUUAAAUUUUUAGUUGAUCAGAGGAUAACUGUUUUACUUACCCUGACCGAAAAUACUCAUCCAACCAACAAUUAAAAAAGCCAGGAGAAAGAUAGUAUUUUGAAGGAGUAAAUUUAUAUUUUUUCUAUUCAUUUUGAAUUUAAAUUAAUAAGUUUGCCAGAUGUAAUAGCAUGAUAGUCAAUUUUUGUCGUCAUCUAAUAGAACAGAUAAUGAUCAAUGAUCAAAACAUAACUGUUUUAUUAGUAUAUUUGUGUUUCUUUAAAAAAAUAGCAACGAGCACUAGCACAAGUACUAGUACCUCGUCCACUAGUACAUCAACCUCUACAAGUACUUCUACAACAAGCAGUACUUCAAGCACAAGUAGCACAACAUCGACCGUAUCAACAACAAGUACAUCAACUUCGACUACAUCAAGCAAAAUUACCUCAACAUCAACUACAACAACUACCACCUCAACAAUAA